UCAUACACCUCAUUUUACAAUCCCAUCCCAUCACACUACCACCUCUUCCCCUCAAUCUCUCCCCCAAACUCCUUCCCGCCCAACCCAAUUGAAUCGAAUCCAAACCUCCACCCACCCCAAAAAUGUCCUCCUCAACCAGCCGCUACCCCCGCUCCUCGACUCCCCCCGAAAAAUCAUAUUUCGAACAGCAGCGCGAGAUUUUACUAGGGGAGAUAGCAAUUUCAUUCGAACACGUCCUCUCCAGUAUCAAUAAAUUGAAUCGGUCUCUAGAGGGUGUAAUCGCUGUCGGCAACGAAUUCUCCUCCGUCGAAGCCCUCUGGUCCCAAUUCGAAAACGUCAUGGCCAAAGACCCCUCUUCCGAACCCUCUCCCGAAGAAGAUAUCCAACCGGCACAACCACAAUCACAACACCAACAACACAGCAGCAGUAAACGCGAAGAGCACGAGGGAGAAGAGACGCUUAUGGAGGAUGAUACACGGGUAUAGAUUUAUGUUUUCCAUUUGAGAGGAAGGGAAGGCAAGGCAAGGGAAGGGAAAGUUUGGAUGUGCCAAGCUAUGAGGGGUUUGUGGACUGCAUAUCAUGGUAAAGAUGACAUGGCAAGAGGAGUUCU